UGGAACUUCCAAAACGGUGGUGAACAAUCACAAUCGCCCAACUACUUAAGAAAGUAAUUUGACUCUGGUCAAAAGGGUAUUUAGGUAAUUUUCUACCAACAAAAUUCUCUUCCUCGGAUGUUGGGAUUUGGGAAGGCUUUGUUUUCACUAGUGGGCCUUCUUUAUAUAAAGGAUCCUAAGCUCCCAUCCCUCAGAAGAAGAAGAAGAAAGAGAAGAAGAAAAAAAGAAGGAAAAAAAAAAAGAACAGUCCCUUUCACAAAGAUAUAAGAGAGAAGCAUGUCUCUGGGCUAUGCAGAGAAACUCUCUUAUAGAGAGGAUGUGGGCAAAGUUGGAAUGUCUGAGAUUUUCGACCCACCUCACCUUUUGCAGCGAAAGAUAGAAGAACUUGCUGCGAUGAUUCACAAGAGCAAGCAUCUGGUGGCUUUUACAGGCGCAGGGAUAUCAACUUCAUGUGGUAUACCUGAUUUUCGAGGUCCCAAGGGAGUAUGGACUCUUCAGCGUGAAGGCAAAGGUGUGCCUGAAGCAUCACUACCGUUUCAUCGUGCCAUGCCGAGUUUGACCCACAUGGCUUUAGUAGAGCUAGAGAAGGCUGGUAUAUUGAAGUUUGUUAUUAGCCAGAAUGUGGAUAGCCUCCAUCUUCGAUCUGGAAUACCGAGGGAGAAACUUGCUGAAUUGCAUGGGAAUUCCUUCAGGGAACUGUGUCCUUCUUGUGGAUUAGAAUAUGUUCGGGAUUUUGAGGUGGAAACUAUUGGAAUGAAGGAGACAACACGCCGCUGUUCUGGUCGAAAUUGUGGAGCAAAACUAAAGGACACAGUUCUUGACUGGGAGGAUGCAUUGCCGCUGAAGGAGAUUAAUCCCGCCGAAAGACACUGUAAAAUGGCGGACGUUGUAUUAUGUUUAGGAACAAGUUUGCAGAUUACUCCUGCAUGCAACUUACCUUUGAAAUCCAUCCGCGGUGGUGGAAAGAUUGUUAUUGUCAACCUUCAGCCUACUCCAAAGGACAAGAAAGCAAGUUUGGUGAUCCAUGCGCAAGUGGAUAAGGUUAUUGCAGGUGUCAUGCACUUUCUUAAUCUUCGCAUUCCUCCGUAUGUCCAUGUCGAUCUUAUACAAAUCAGUUUUACUCAAUUCCUUAAAAAGACACAAUAUGCGAAAUGGACUCUCAGGAUUUCUAGUGUACAUGGACAGAGAGCACCAUUGCCGUUCCUCAAAUCAGUGGAUGUUUUGUUUCCAGAGAGGCCAUACCUGAAGGCUGCCCAUCUUCAGAAGCAACCAUUUUUGUUAAAAAGAGAGACGGUGAAGACAAGACCUUUUAAGAUGGUGUUGGAACUCAACUUUAGCGAUGGUUGUGGGUGUACAUGCACUAGAAUUGAGUUGCCGGUUGAUUUCCAGGUUUCAAAAGACAGCUUCAGCCAUGAUAAGGAUACUAUUGUUGGGAAGCUGAAGGAGGCAGCAGUCCAUGACUCAUGCUGUGGGCAGUCUGCAGCUAUUGAGCGAAAGAUGCUUUCGGCACCCAGAACUGAAGUAAUCGUCUAUGCCAUUGGAACGAACGUUGUCAGUUACAACAGUCGAGCAAACCCCAGUGAACUCGAAAUCGUUACCAAGGGCGACAUUGAUGCGAUUAAGAGGCGCAAUGAGGAUGACAAUAAGGCAGAGUUGCCGAAGAGAGUCAGAUCUCUUGGUUACUAAUGCCCAUUGAUUUGAUUGUAAUGGGCCCCUUCUAAUAUAUAGUAAUCAUGGGAGGUUUUUGGGUUGCUGAUGUAGUUUUGUUGAAGCUCAGGAAUAGGUACACUAAUCCCAUGCAUGUAUGAGAGCAGCCCAAGAAAAUGCUACCAUUUGGCCACCAGGCAGACAGGAGCAAGAUCCAAGCCAUCGAUCAGAUGGGUAACUCUUGCUUGGCUAUUCAUGUUGUCUAGCUUUAGAAACUAGUGGAUGGCUUACAAACAAUUGGCUAAGUUUUUCGACCAGUCUGUUUCUUAACAUGUGGCCAAUGUGGUCAGUAAACAUCUACAUGGUGGGACCUAUCUGAUGGACGGCUUCGAUCUUGCAUUUGUGCACUAGUGCAUUAGUGUUCUGCUUUAUUCAUGUGCAUGGGAUUAGCAAAGCUGCAGGAAUAGAUGUGUAUAUGCAUGUAGGCUGAGUGAAUUUUGUAAGCUGCACUCAGUCCCCUGAAUGUGAAUAGGAAAGAAGGGAAAGAACUUGUUUGGGUCAUCACCAUCUUGUAGAAGGAUUCUACAGUUUCAAAUCACAUGCAAUUUGGUAUGAUUGCUAACCAUUGUAAAUAACUUUGGAUAGAAAUGGUGUUACAGAGAACUGUUCUUUUGGAAUGAUGACUUUCUUAUGUUUUCUCA